CAUUGGUGCUUAUUUGUCAACUAUUUACGAAAACAGUUAUUGCUGAUGAAUGGGACGAUGAAGAAAUUCAAAUAACCGAAGAACCUAUCAAACCUGAUUUCGAACCUUUUAAAGAAGAGGUCCGGGAGCCUAAGCCUCUUGACAUCAAAAAGAAUUUUUCUCUUGUUGGAAAUGAUAAGGGUGGCGUUCUUAUACAGGAUGGCCCUGCAGAUUUUCUUUUCUAUCUAAGUGGUCGCAGAAAUUGUCAGUAUAUUCAUGGAAGAAUAACGCUUAAGCCACGACAUGAUAUGCUUCAAACCAUUACAAAUUUUGUUUCAUCUCAAUUUAGCAGCAAAACAGUAACGGACACUGUGACUUAUAAUGUAACUAUGUAUGAUGGUGCUUACGAUGACUUUGUUUUUGGUGUUUUAAAGAAAGAACGCGCUUUUGAUCUUCGUCAAGCACGUUAUGAUUUGAGGACUUUUACCAAACAAAGUAACAAUAAUCUUCUCCCAAACGUUUUUAAUGUUCAUAGUGAAUCUGUGGAAGUUACUGAUACGAUUCUUAGCAAUAGAGUUAUAGAAUUGUUGAAAGCAUCUUCCAAAUAUUUGACGUAUUUAAUAAUUUCUGAUCAACCACGACUUCGCCCGGAAAAAAUUGAAGAAGAUCAACAACAAAAAAUUUUGACCGUUAUGCAUGAACUUCCCGAUGACACUUCAAAAUUUUCGGAUAUUUUGAUUAUAGCGGAAUUGGCUCUGUCAUUAAUUGAUUUGAUUCCUUCGCGUUGUUCUUUCAGAGCAGAAACUAGGCAAAAACUUAACAAGAGCAGGGAAGAAGCUUAUAAAGUCAUACAAAAAAGUCUAGCAGCUGAAAGGCAAGAGGAAAUUCAGCAGAAAAAAGCUGAUAAAAAACGUGCCGAAGCUGAACGUGUAGCUAAAUUAUCUCCCGAAGAACAACGAAAGUACGAAGAGAAAGAGCGAAAAAGAGAGCUGAAAAAAAAGCAAAAGAAAAUGGUUAAAAAAGUAUAG